GGAGAAAAUGGAGAACCCAUUAACGCCCGCCCCCUGGUUCAGAGAAUCCAUCCACUGUUCCACAGUCCAUUUAUAAUCUUCCAGACACUUUCAUUCUCUACUUUCCCGAGUUCUUCUGUCCCUCUAAUUUAUUUGAGUUUUCGUCUGUUGUCUGAACCGGACUGGAAAAUUCACUCGGCAAAAUGUCAGCUCCCUCUGAUUCCGUCUUUGCCCAUGUUGUUCGUGCUCCUGAAGAUCCCAUCCUCGGGGUCACUGUGGCUUACAACAAUGAUCCUAGCCCAGUAAAGCUGAAUUUGGGGGUCGGUGCUUAUCGUACUGAGGAAGGGAAGCCCCUUGUUCUUGAUGUGGUGAGGCGGGCUGAGGAAAUGCUUGUAAGCGAUCGGUCUCGUGUGAAAGAGUAUCUACCCAUAACUGGAUUGGCAGAUUUUAACAAACUGAGUGCAAAGCUGAUAUUUGGAGCUGAUAGCAAUGCCAUUCUAGAGAAUAGAGUGACCACUGUCCAAUGUUUGUCUGGAACUGGUUCAUUGAGAGUCGGUGCAGAGUUUCUGGCUAAGCAUUACUCUCAGCAUACUAUAUAUAUUCCUGUACCAACAUGGGGAAAUCAUCCAAAGGUUUUCACAUUAGCGGGAUUGUCGGUAAAAACCUACCGCUACUAUAACCCUGAAACACGGGGAUUGGAUUUCCAGGGAUUGUUAGAUGAUCUUAGUGAUGCGCCAGAGGGAGCAAUAGUCCUUCUCCAUGCUUGUGCUCAUAACCCAACUGGUGUAGACCCAACUGCUGAGCAGUGGGGGAACAUCAGGCAGCUAAUGCGAUCCAAAAAGUUGCUACCUUUCUUUGACAGUGCUUAUCAGGGGUUUGCUAGUGGCAGUCUUGAUACAGAUGCACAAGCUGUUCGCCUUUUCGUUGCAGAUGGUGGUGAAUGCCUUGUGGCUCAGAGUUAUGCAAAGAAUAUGGGAUUGUAUGGGGAACGCGUUGGUGCCCUAAGCAUUGUUUGCACAAAUGGAGAUGUUGCUGCCAGGGUUGAAAGCCAAUUAAAGCUAGUCAUCAGGCCUAUGUACUCAAGCCCACCCAUUCAUGGUGCAUCUAUUGUUGCUACCAUACUCAAAGACAGACAAUUGUUUGAGGAAUGGACCCUUGAACUGAAAGCAAUGGCUGAUCGAAUCAUCAGUAUGCGUCAGCAACUGUUUGAAGCUCUACAAUCUAAAGGCACACCAGGUGACUGGAGUCAUAUUAUCAAACAAAUUGGAAUGUUUACUUUCACAGGAUUAAAUGCUGAUCAAGUUGCAUUUAUGACAAGAGAGUAUCACAUCUACAUGACGUCGGAUGGGAGAAUUAGCAUGGCCGGGCUCAGUUCUCAGAAAGUUCCUCAUCUUGUCGAUGCAAUACAUGCUGCCGUUACCAAAUCAGCCUGAACUAGAUACUUACCAUAGUGUUCUGUCAAGUAGUCUUGAGUUUUGGCUGUCUAUGUGAUUCAAUAAAUAUUCUCAUACAAGACAAAUUUUGAAUGAAACCUGUUUUCCCUUCUCAGAUGGAAUGGAUCUUUCUGCUCUUUUCAAACCUGCAAGUUAAUUACCCAUUAGUAUAUGGUGUUAU